AUGGCCAAUUUGCGAGACUUCGAGUUGUGUCAAGCUUCACGUACACAAUUCGAAGCACACAGCAAUCAAGCGCAAGGAGUCAAUUUCAGCAGCGUGGUGCCGCUCGCGGUCGGCUCGACCACCCUAGAGGAUGGCAGCCUCAUUCCCCGGCGAGCCAUUUCCUCUCGAAAUCCCUUUGUCUGCGCAUCAUGCCUCAGCCGAACCUCCAUCCGCUAUCAAAGUAUCGACCCCUCGCCUGUCGUUCCACGCAAGUUUCAGUUCGAUGCACCGCCGUCCACGAAAGGCAUAAUACCUGCACCAACACCAUGGGUGCCCGAUGUACUCACCUUCCUCAAGCUCAUCGGCCGAGAAAUGUCACAGCACGCCUCUAAGUUCGCUUCAUGGGACGAGAUGUUCACCCUUACUUCCUCACAGCUCAAAGCGAAAGGCCUCGAACAGGCACGAGCACGAAAAUACUUCUUACGAUGGCGAGAAAAGUUCCAGCGGAAUGAAUGGGGCAUUGGCGGCGAUUUCACGCAUGUCAAGGACGGGGUGGCAGAGUUGAGGGUCUGUGAAGUGCCGGAGAUACCGAGACCAGCGGUCGAGCCGAAGCCCGGUGCAGACUCAGCGACUUCUCCGCCCAGAAUUGCAGCCUCGACGACAAAGACACCUGGAUUGACACGUCUGAUCCUCAACGUCCCGGCAGGCGCAGCGACAUACGUUUUAGGCGAAGGACAGAAACCAACAGAUCUCAGGAAGCCUGCUGGAUUCAAGCUUAAAGAAGGACACAUCAUCACAGGACGCUACACGAAGCCAUUAGCGGGCACGAAUGGGGCGGCUGUGACGGUCACGCUAACAGAGGGGAUGUGGGAGGACAAGCGCGGCGUGAAGAAGUUUGGCGGUGAGAGGAGGAGAGCAGAGACACUGUUCAAGAUGCGCGUGGCUGAGAGAAAGAAGACAAAUCGGUAG